AUGGAUGUCUUCUGGGCGGCUCCCCCGGUCAUUAGGACCCUUACAGCCUUGACUCUAGUUCAAUCCGCUUUGAUGCAUAGUGGCUUAUUGAGCUUCUAUUGGGCGCCAUUCAUGCCAAGCAUGAUAUUUUCAUGGCGCCCGCAGAUCUACCGGCUGGUCACACCAUUUCUACUAACCGCACCGAAUCUCGGUUUCGUUUUUGAUCUCUACCUCAUGUACCGCUAUGGCAGUGCUGCAGAGAAGAGCAUGGCCCCUGGAGAGUUCUUCAUCUAUCUCCUAUUCGUAGCUUUCAACAUUAUGCUCACUGCAGGUGGUUAUCUGGGAUCCCCUUUCCUCCUUUCACCCUUGAUCAUGGCUUUCGUCUACACCUUCUCCCAGACGAACCGAGGAACGAAGACAAGAUUUUGGGUCAUCGACAUCCCGGUGGUAUUCCUGCCAUAUGCAAUGCUUCUCCUCGGCAUGGUGACGAACGGAUGGUAUAGCGCACUGGUAGAUGUCACCGGAAUUAUCGCUGCCCAUACUUAUGAUUUCCUCACACGCAUCUACCCGACUUUCGGUGGUGGGAGAAAUUUCAUCACUGUCCCCGGCUUCGUGGAGAGAUACUUUAGCCACCAUGACCCCGACAGCGGCUACCGAGGGUAUGGAACGGCGAGCCGCGCACCAAGGCCGACUGAGCAACCCUCGUCGGCGUCAACAUCAGGAUCAUCCUGGGGCGCUAAACCGUUUCGGGCGCUGGAGCUGCCGCACUCGCAAAAUUUCCUUCGACAAAUUUUCGGGGCUUUCACCGCGCAUCCUUCAACGACAACCAACAAAAUGGCAGUCGUCAAGACCUCGGAGAUGGACUACGCCAUCAAGCCUGAAGCGUCCGUUCCUUCCGUUGAUACAUCGGAUUGGCCGCUUCUGCUUAAGAACUAUGAGAAGCUGCUCGUUCGGACCGGUCACUUCACCCCUAUCCCUGCUGGCUCCUCUCCCCUGAGCCGUGACUUGAAGUCAUACAUCAGCUCCGGUGUCAUCAACCUUGACAAGCCCUCCAACCCUUCCAGUCAUGAAGUCGUGGCUUGGAUGAAGCGGAUCCUCAGAUCCGAGAAGACUGGUCACAGUGGUACCCUUGAUCCCAAGGUCACCGGUUGUUUGAUCGUCUGCAUUGACCGUGCCACCCGCCUGGUCAAGUCCCAGCAGGGUGCCGGUAAGGAGUAUGUCUGUGUGAUCCGUCUCCACGACAAGAUUCCCGGUGGCGAGGCCCAGUUCGUCCGCGCUCUGGAGACCUUGACUGGUGCGCUCUUCCAGCGUCCCCCUCUGAUCUCUGCCGUCAAGCGUCAGCUCCGUAUCCGUACCAUCCACGAGAGCAAGAACUACGAGUUCGACAAUGAGCGCCACCUCGGUGUCUUCUGGGUCAGCUGUGAGGCUGGUACCUACAUCCGUACCCUCUGUGUUCACCUGGGUCUUCUCCUCGGUGUCGGUGCUCACAUGCAGGAACUUCGCCGUGUUCGCUCUGGAGCCAUGGCUGAGGGUCCUGGUAUGGUCACUCUGCACGAUGUUAUGGACGCCCAGUGGGUCUACGACAACAACCGCGACGAGUCUUACCUCCGCAAGGUCAUCAGCCCUCUGGAGUCUCUGCUCACCGGCUACAAGCGUAUUGUCGUUAAGGACAGCGCUGUCAACGCCGUCUGCUACGGUGCCAAGCUCAUGAUUCCUGGUCUUCUCCGCUACGAGGCCGGUAUUGAGUGCCACGAGGAGGUUGUCCUCAUGACCACCAAGGGUGAGGCUAUCGCCAUUGGUAUCGCUCAGAUGUCCACUGUCGAGCUCACCACCUGCGACCACGGCGUUGUUGCCAAGGUCAAGCGUUGCAUCAUGGAGCGUGACCUCUACCCCCGCCGCUGGGGCUUGGGACCUACUGCCCUUGAGAAGAAGAAGAUGAAGACUGCUGGAACUCUCGAUAAAUUCGGCCGCACCAACGAUGCCACUCCCGCUCAGUGGAAGAGCGAGUACAAGGACUUCAACCUCCCUCUUACCGGCACCUCCGCUGUUGCCCCCGCCACUGAGACUAAGACCGAGACCGAGACCCCCAAGGCGGACUCCCCCGAGCCUGUGAAGGAGGAGGUCGAAGACAAGAAGCGCAAGCGCGACGGCGAGACCGCCGAGGAGAAGGCCGAGCGCAAGAAGAAGAAGAAGGAGAAGAAGGAAAAGAAGGAGCGCCGGAAGUCCAAGCAGGAUGAUAGCGAUGACAGCGACUAG